GCCAUCCAUUACAAGCUGCUUGUGUGAAAAUCUGGCAAUGUCUCACUCUGGUGCUCAAGGCAGCAUUGGCAGUCACUCUGCCAUGGGCCUGCGAAGUCAUAAGAUUCACCUCUAUGAAUUUGAAAACUUCCAAGGCCGUAAAAUUGAGCUGUUUGCAGAGUGCCGUAAUCUGAGUGACAAGGGGCUGGAGAAAAUCGGCUCCAUCCGUGUAGAGAAUGGACCCUGGGUGGGCUUUGAGCAGCAGAACUUGACUGGUGAGAUGUUCAUGCUGGAGAAGGGAGAAUACCCUAGAUGGGACACCUGGUCCAACAGCUACAGGUGUGACCGUCUAAUGUCAGUCAGGCCAGUCAAAAUGGACCCCCAGGACCACAAAAUUUGCCUAUAUGAAUGCACAAACUUUGAGGGCCGCAAGAUGGAAGUGAGUGAUGAGGAUAUUCCAAGCCUGUGGUCAUAUGGCUUCCAGGACCGCGUCGCUAGCAUUCAGGUCACUGGUGCAACGUGGGUGGCUUACCAAUACCCUGGCUACCGUGGUUACCAGUAUAUCAUGGAAACGGGUUCUUUUAAGCACUGGAAUGAGUGGGGGGCCCACCAACCCCAAAUUCAGUCCAUCCGUAGAGUGAAAGACAUGCAGACACACCGUAGAGGCUGCUUCGAGAUGAACUCUGAAAGCCGCUCAAGCUACUAGGCCAACAGGUCACGCUUAAGGGCAAGUAACCUGCAAAAUCUUCACCGACCGCUUUCAAUGCACAAAGAACAUUGCUUCUGAAUAUUGUUACUCAUUUUGUCAGCAUUAUCUGGGAGCAAAUAAGGCUUUCAAAGUUGCUGUACUAUUGGUAAAAUGUAGUAAGUAGCAAUGUUCUCUGUUUCCAGACCUCAUAUGAUCGUAGGAUUUAUCAUGUUUCCUUGAUAGUUAGCAGUUUGUGUUUUAAAAUUGUUUUGGUGCUAUUUCAACCCUUAUAUUUCAUUUACUGUAUAUCCACCCGUGUGUUUCCAGAGGAACAGUGCCAACCAGUCUGCAUAAAAAAAGCUUCCCAUAGUAUAAAGUUAGAUUAUUAUUCCAACAACUGAAUGAUCCCAUAUAAUGUAUUACCAUGGACAGCUCUCACAUACGAACAUGCAGCCAUGCAUAUCUUCUCAGAACAGCACACAGGACCUCUAGUGGCUCUCCAGGAGUGUACCUUUUUCAGACAUUAUUAUCUUUUAGCUGGUCCAUUUGAGCACCUCUAGGUUCCCAUCAAGAAUAACUAUUACAUUAUUACAUUCUCAGGGAUGCUGGAAUCUGGAACUUUCCAA